AUGACAAUCCUCAGACGCGCACUCAUCAUCAUCGUCGUCGUGGUCGUGCUUGCCAUCGUCGGCGUGAUCGUCGGCGUGGUGGUCACCAGGGACUCGUCAAGCUCAGCCAGCACUACGGACGGCACAUCAUCCAGCUCGACGUCCACAUCGGGUAGUAUCACAGCGACCAGCUCUGGUGGCCCCACGAAAUCCUCGAAGAAGUCGGGCAGUGUUUCGUCGUCCAUCACGUCGGACCCGACCAGCGUGACGUACUCGUUGGCAGCUUUUGCCAUUGGAGACUGGGACACUACCACUACGAUAUCAACGCCGAAGACGUUGUGGCUAGCGUCAUGA